UAAGCAUAACAUUAUCUUAACUUUUUAACUCUUAUCAUAUAUUUUGAAGAAAAAGGCUUUUGCAUUCACUACUUGAUUUAGGCUUCAGUGCAUACGAUAUAUUAUUAUUAAUUUGAAAACACGAAGAUAGAUCGGACAGAGCAUGUUACCAGUGACCAUUUACCAUUUACUGAUGCUAUGAUCGAAGUGGUCCAUUCAACUCUGUUUGGUUAGGUUAUGUGGUUGUACUGUUUUACAUAUCGUUAUAUUUAAUGAUCAUAAAUUGAUUUAUUUAAUUUUGUUAUUAUAAAUCCUUUUCGUUUUUAUAUUUGAGUAGGAAUUAUUCAAUCUUUUUUUAAUAUGAACAAUUCGGCGGCAAAGGUGGGAGAAAUUUUUAGGGAGGCAGGAACUGCCUUCAAUAAACUGUCUGAGAUGACAAUGCUCCUACAUCCUAUGGGAGACACACAACCAGGAGGUAAAUGGACAGAUGAGGAAAUUGAAAUGCUUCGUAACUGUGUACAUCGCUUUGCAGUUGAUCUUAAUAAACUCAGUCAGCACAUAAAAGCCAGGACGGUUUCCCAAAUACGAACUACACUAAAGAAAAAGGCUUUUGAGGAUGCAGGUAUACCAGUAAGGCAGGUAAGCAGUACGGUGACCAGCACGACCCAGCAGACACCUCAGGUAGUCCCACCACUGAGCAUCAUCAGCCAACCGAGCGUGUUAGGAAAAAACGCCGAGGUUACGUUGAACAUGUUGAACGCUUCAGAGAAUGAAGUGGAUGUUGAAGGCCUGACCGGGGAUGUGAAAUUGGAGUUUGAAGCGAGUAAUGAGGAAGUGGCUGCCUGAAACUUGUUUAACCUUUCGUACUAAAUGGGCAACAUUCCUAUUGUACACUGAAGCGUACUAUACAACACAAAUGUGACUACAUACAAAUUUCUUAAGCGGCUUGCAAGUAAUAAUAUGUAAUAUAUUAUGAAAAGUAUAUACAUAUUAUAAAUUAAUAUUUUUAUCAAAACGAACUAUGUGACAACCUAUUUUGAACAUUAAAAUUUAGGUGAUUUGCAAUUUUUUAAAACAAUAGUUACUUGCAAACGCUUAUAUCAAAUUGUUUAGGUAAAUAUGCAGUUUUACGCCUCAGUGAUUAAUAGGCUUUAAGCUUGUUUCAAAUGGCUUGUGGACCUAAUAAGAAAUUUAUAUCCAGUUAACAAAAUUAUUGGGCUUAACUUCAGUUACAUGGUUAGAAAAUUAGGUGCAAAAUUAAAAACACAAGAUGGUGUUUCAAAUACUUAUGUGCGAAGUAUAUAUAUAAUAAUAAAUACAAUACACAAUACAACACAAUAGAUUGUAAAAAAAAAAUUAAUUCAUUUAAGUGGCUGGAAGUAUUCUGAUGCAAUUUAGCUAACAGAAAUAAUUUGUAAUUGAAAUCAAUGCGAUAUAUAUAUAACCAAUAUCAUAAUUUUUUUUUAAUAUAUAUCUAAUUCUUCUGUUAAAUAUUCCUCACUAAUUCGUACACGAUUUCAUACAAAAUAACAUUUAUUUAAAAAAAAUAUUGUAAUUACUUAUCUUAUAACUAAAAGCAAUGAAUUGUUAAUGUCAUAAUCUAUAAUACUAAAACUUUAAUAAAAUUUGGGAAACGAUAGCCAUGUUAAGAGUUAUCCGCAAGCCAUAGCCCGAUAGUACGAAUAAAAAGUACAGAUAGGAAAUCUUAGGUAGCCUUAAGUACCUACAAUAUUUUAAGUUUAAAUUUAUUUUCAAGUUUUGGUGUCUAGAUAGAUCAAACUAUUUCUUGUGUAAAUCGUUAAAUAUUUAGUGUAAAUAUUAUGUAUGUCUUAUAUUUGUAGAAGGCUAGAUUAUAGAAUAAAGAACAUUUUGUUCUUAGUAAAUUAAUAUAAAAUGCACUAAAAAUGAAACUUCAGAUGUCAAACAUUUACAAACAAGUAAAUUAAUUGUGAAUGAGUUUUUGUCCCUCGUCUCAUGUGUCAAUAUUUAUAUAAUUUACUCUCAUUUAUUUUAAUUAAUUUUUUUCUGUUAUUUUGUUGACCCUAUCCAUUAAGAAAUAUUUUUGCAAUCUUUGUUUUAUUUUUGUUUCAUCUAUUACCUAUCAAUGCAACUAAUAUCAUGAUCACUAACUUUGCUUUAUAAAAAACAACUUUUCAAAAGCAAUAUUUUUAUAAUUAGACUUAAGCGCACAAAACUAAAUGGAUUUAAUGUAUAAAUAUAAUAUCUAAAUAAUAAUUUUAGUAAAAAUACUGCUUUAAUAUUAUAUGAAUACAGGUAAAGAUCAAACACCCCCUCUCCCCUUUUGUAUAUAUAUAAUAAUUCUUCUUAUAAUAAAAACCAAUCGUUAUCUAAUUAGCGAGGUAAAAAAAUAAUGUUAAUUAAGAUAUAUAUAAACAUUCAAUUAACAAUAUUUAAAUUGCUUAUGUAUUUGGGUGACAGGAAUACGUAAUGAAUUUAAAUUGGGCUUAUUAAAAUAGAGUAGUCUUUAUUCGCCUUAUUUAUAGUUAUAUAAAUUAAGAAUAAAUAAUUUGACGACUCAAAUUUAUUUAACCCAUUAUCAUCUGUAGGGGACACAUCUGUAAUUCAUCUGUAAUUCUCCAUCACGAGUUUUCUUGCGCUACACUCGACAGUAAGUUCCCAAUUCGAAUCCGAAAUAUAAUUCUUCUUUCCGAAACCUACCAGUCGAGUUAAACUAAAAAUAAAUCAAGGUUAGAAUUAAAAUUUUAUAAUACUUAUAAGUAAUCUGUCAAAUUAUAAUAAUUUGUAAUGUAUUUGUAAAAACACUUUCUCACACCAUAUUCAAGUGCUCAUUCUAUAACGACCGUUCAAUGUGUGAUUUAUUAGAUAGUAAUUUUGAAGUACCUUCAUAUUUUAAGUAUUUAUAAGUCGAAAGGUAAUCAAUAAAUCAUCUGAUCUGAUGUGUUCUUAAUUAGUGUUUCUAUUGUAUUGUGUGUUUCAUGUGUGUUUUUUACCUUGGUAAAUAUUUUACUGUAUAUCUAGUGUCUUCUUUGAAUAGUUUAUGCGUAGAUAUAGGAAAAAAAUCUAAGAUUCUAAAUAUAAAUAUUUUCAUUCACAAUUUACAAAUUUACAUACCCGUUUUUUUCUUAAAC